GAGAGACACAUGUGAGGGGGUUUCACUCCGUCUGGGCGGGAUCGGUGUCGGUCCGUCCCAGCCAAUGAUCAGACGUGCUUCUCUUCCCUUUUUUCUCUCUAUUCCUUUCACUCCUCCGGCAGCUCAGUCUGCCUGAACAACCCGAGUCUAGCAGAAGAAGUGUAAGGAUUAGGAUGAGGAGGAUGAUGGAUGCAAUACCGUGUCGUCUCGUGUUUUUAGCCCUAUUCUUUGGAGCCAGGAUCCAGCACACAGAAGCCUUACAAUGCUACUGUCACCGGUGCCCGAACCACACGUGUGCCACAGACGGCCUGUGCUACGUGUCCAUCACUCGAUCGGGCAGCGUCACCACGCAGCAGAGCUGGUGCAUCAGCGACACCGAGCUGAUCCCACGCGACCGGCCCUUCGUCUGCGCGCCCUCCAACAAGGACGACACGGGGAUUUACCCCAUGUGUUGCGACACAGACUGGUGCAACAAGAACCCUGACCUCACAUCAUUCCCAGUGCCGACUCAGAAGCCGCCGGCGUUGGGGCCCGUGGCCUUCGCGGCGCUGAUCGCGGGUCCGGUGUGCGUGGUGUGCUUCCUGAUGGUCACCGUCUUCUACAUCUGCCACAGCCGCUCGGUCCUCCACCACCGCGUGCCUAAUGAGGAAGACCCUUCGAUGGACCACCCCUUCAUCACCGUGGGAACCACGCUCAAAGACCUCAUCUACGACAUGACCACGUCCGGCUCGGGCUCUGGUCUCCCGCUGCUGGUGCAGAGGACUAUAGCUAGAACCAUUAUCCUGCAGGAGAGCAUCGGGAAGGGCCGCUUCGGAGAGGUGUGGAGGGGCAAGUGGAGAGGAGAGGAGGUGGCCGUCAAGAUCUUCUCCUCCAGAGAGGAACGUUCUUGGUUUCGGGAGGCCGAGAUCUACCAGACCGUCAUGCUCCGGCACGAGAAUAUCCUCGGCUUCAUCGCCGCAGACAACAAAGACAAUGGGACGUGGACGCAGCUGUGGCUAGUAUCGGACUACCAUGAGCACGGCUCCCUGUUCGACUACCUGAACCGCUACACGGUGACGGUGGAGGGCAUGAUCAAGCUGUCCUUGUCCACUGCCAGUGGCCUGGCUCACCUGCACAUGGAGAUUGUGGGAACACAAGGUAAGCCUGCUAUCGCCCACAGGGAUCUGAAAUCAAAGAACAUUCUGGUCAAGAAGAACGGCACAUGCUGCAUCGCAGACCUGGGUUUGGCCGUCCGUCACGAUUCUGCCACCGACACCAUCGACAUCGCUCCCAAUCACAGAGUGGGCACCAAACGGUAUAUGGCCCCAGAAGUGCUUGACGAUUCAAUAAACAUGAAGCAUUUUGAGUCGUUCAAGAGGGCCGACAUCUACGCCAUGGGACUCGUCUUCUGGGAAAUUGCCAGCAGAUGUUCUAUUGGAGGCAUUCAUGAAGACUACCAGCUGCCGUACUAUGACCUGGUGCAGUCGGACCCGUCGGUGGAGGAGAUGAGGAGAGUCGUGUGUGAGCAGAAGCUGCGGCCCAACAUUCCCAACAGGUGGCAGAGCUGUGAGGCUCUGCGUGUGAUGGCCAAGAUCAUGAGAGAGUGCUGGUACGCCAAUGGAGCCGCGCGUCUCACCGCCCUGCGCAUCAAGAAGACCUUAUCACAGCUCAGCCAGCAGGAGGGCAUCAAGAUGUAGGCCGGCGGCCCUCGGUCUGCCCAACAAUUAGACUGAUUUAUGAUAGUUAUCAUCACUUUUAUCAUUAUCCUUUAUUAUUGCAUCACCCUCUGUCUUCGAGAGAAGACACGAGCACUUUGAAUGAAGUGUCAGUUUGUUUCUGCAUCCUUUGCCUCGGUCUUAAAUCGCGCCUGGACUUUGACGUGGGUAGAAAACACGGACUUUAUGAUGUAAUAACCCACUUCCACGUCCAGCUGGUGUCGUGCUGGGAUCUCAUUUUCAGACUGCAUCAACAGCGCGGCAGGGCUGGGUUCAGCGAAAGUGCUACCUAAGAAGGAUUCUUUGAUUAUUUAUAACGUUUUUCUUCAGUGGCCGGGUUGAUUUGAGUUUGGUUUGUUUUUUCUCUCACGAAGAAAUAACCUUAUUUGCACCUUGUGUUUAAUUUCCGCUCAUCACUGCAGUUCUUCAGGUCAGUCUAACUGUUUUUUUGGUUAUGUUUUUGCAAAAACAAAACUGGACACGACCUCAUUCAGUCUUGGCGAACAUGCUGUGACAUAUGCAAUAUAGAUAAAACGUAUCUACUUUAUAUUUUUUACUGCUCUGCUACAACAACUACGAUGACAACCAUGCCUUCCAAGCCAGGUGUUACCAGAAAGUGCCACUGCUUUGAACCAACCAACCCACCCUCAUGGUGUGAUCGGCCCCGCCGGACGCCAUCAGUCUGAGCGUAUCGAGCAGAGGCUUUCUCCAGGAACGUCUCUUAUGCACACGGAGCAAAAGGGGGCCGCCACACUCCAAUUUGCUGGUGCCAUUCUUCAUUUUUCUGCCUCUUCAUUGUCUUCAUUGAUGCAGCACUGAGGGAUGUAACAACAAUCCAGACCUCUUCACAUUACAGCUUGUUUUAUGGAACAAUGUGUGUUUUCGGGGGACGCCUGUACACUGGGAAUCCAGUGUCUGAAGCGUUGGUGCUGUGAUCAGAUGCCCGCCUUCAGUCGGAGGAAACUUUACAAAUUUAUAAAGGACUGAAGAAAAAUGUAUAGCAAGCCAGCGACUAGCUAUGGACACAAUUGAAAGCAAAAUACUGAAAGUUGCCCAAUAAAAACAUAUGAUUAUUUCGUUCUCGGUGCGUGAAGAUGGCGAGGUAGAUUAAUAUAGCAAAUGGAUAUUUACUAAGCCAUAGGUUUUCCAACAUUUUGUGGCAACUUUUUCUAAUAGAAUGUAAAUGAGGAAAAAAAUAUCAAGGACUGCUUUAAAAGAGCAAGCCUUAAGGGACCAAUUGAUUAUGUCGAGGUUGUUUGUGUUUUGUUUGCGUUCGAACUGACUAUAAUAACGUGGUAGGAUCAGUACUGUAUGUAACCGAAUACAUAAAUGUAGCAGUUGUGUGUCGGUGGAUAUGAACCGUAUCGCCACCCAAACAAGCUUUGCUGUCUCGAGUAUCAAAGCUGGAGGAUAUUUGAUCGCAUUGUUUCCCAUAGCUGCGCUCAUGAAUGAAGACUGUAACGGCACGCUGAACUUGGCUGAACAAGUUUCUGUUGACUAUUUUCUCAAGGUAUCAGUUUCUGGUGCUUAUUUAAGCAUGUAACUUCAGAGGUUUUUUUUCUUUUUUCUUUUUUUUUUUUUACUUUGGACACCUUUUAUUAUGGACAAACAUCGCCAGUGACUUUUCAGUGAUCUUUAUAGUCAGAUUAGGGGCCCUUCAUUGAAGGAAUAUUACAGAUUCAAUGCACGUUGAGCUCAAUCGAUUGAUCAAACAUUGAUUACCAUAAAAACUAUAGAUUUUUCUCUUGUUUUCUUUAAUAAAAGGACAAAUGGAGGUUAGGAGGAGUUACUUGAAAUGGAAGUGAAUGUUUUGAGGAUUUAAAAGCAAAAAUAUAAAGUUUAGAAUUUUAUAAAAGCACUUAGAUUAAUUCAUCUGUAUUAUUAAUUGAGUUGUAAAUAGUUGUUGUAGGGUUUUACACUCUAAAAAUGCUGGGUUAAAAAUGACCCAAGUUGGGUUGAAAAUGGACAAACCCAGCGACUGGGUUGUUUUAACCCAGCGGCUGGGUUAAAUGUUUGAUAUUGAGCAUGUUUACAUUCACGCCAAUAUGCUGAUGAUGACCAAAAAUCAGGUUAUUUAAUAAUGGCCGAUCAGAUUAUGCUUAAGUGUUUAUGACCUUUAUGUCAAUAAAAGAUUAGGGUUUAUGCAUAUUAAGCAUGAUUGGUUCAAGAAGGCGCAUGUAAACGCUUCUUUGUCUUUUAAUGUUUAUGGAUUGGCUUCAUUCAUUUCCAUUGGUAGCGUCUCACUGUCAGAUUUUGGUGUUUUUUUUUAUUAAUUUCUUUGGAUAUGCUGUCGAUUGAGUGUAACUUGCAUUGGAUCUGGAAUAUUCCUUUUUAAAAAAUGGAAAUAUGUUGAUCUGUUCAGCAAUAACUGCGGUUUUAGAAUGUUGAUUGCUCAGGCAAUAGGGUUCUCUCUUCUGAUGGUCAAGCGUCGCUGCUAUGCAUUACAAGUCUCUCUGCUGGAGCACGUAAAGGACACGGUAGUUAUUAGUAUCACAUGUAGUGCCCGAAUUACAUUCUUAAGACUGGUUAUGGUUGCUCCAUAACAUUUGCAGGCUGCCUGCUGAAGGGAAAGAACUAUUCGAAAUAUGACACGUUCAACAUUUCCUUUUAACCGGAUUGAUUUUUACAGUGUAUUUUAAAAUAAUCACAGUUAUGCUGAGCUUGUUUGAGAUGGCAUUAGUGCAAGGAAACCGUGCCAGUCAUUGGAUGGACAGUAGAGUAUUAAUGGUGUAAUGAAUGAAUGAAUGAAUGAAUGAAUGAAUGACUCCUGCUACACGCUGAAAUGCAAAAUGUGUGUGUAGGAGGUCUAUAAAUAAUGUGUAAAUGUAUAUAAAUAUGUAUGUAUAAUGUUUGUCAGGCUGGUGUACAGUUUGUUAAUGGAAAAUCUGGAAGGAAAAAGUGUAAAUUAAACCCAAAAAAGCAAUGGAGAGUGCAGUCAGAGGAGGAGAAGAGCUCAAAGGGAAGGUUUGAGGGAAAGCUUUCUUCAACAAACUCAAAGGAGUAGUUCAGCCAAAAAUAAAAAAUGAUCAUCAUUUAUUAAAUCUAAUUUAGUUCCAAACCUGUAUGACCUUGUAAGAUGAAUUCAGGGAAUGUCGCUGAAGGUCGAUCUUUUACAUGCACUUCAAGUGAUCCGGGAUUGUAGCUUUCAAGAACUUUAUUGUAAAAGCAUCAUGAAAGUCAUUCGUACGACUUGUGCAUACGGAGCCCCGCACGUGACAUGCAGGAAAAAAAUAGUAGGCUAAAUCGUGAGCACGAUUUACUAAUUCAGUCCCUUGAUUUGCUAAAUCAUGCGCACACAAUAGUAAAUUGUGCGCACAAUUUAGCAAUUCAAGUGAACGAAAUAGUAAAUCGUACGCACAAUUUAGCAAUUCGAGGGAACUAAAUAGUAAAUCGUGCGCACAAUUUAGCAAUUCGAGGGAACGAAAUAGUAAAUCGUGCGCACAAUUUAGCAAUUCGAGGGAGCGAAAUAGUAAGUCGUACGCACAAUUUACUUUUCUUUCCUGUAUUUCCUGUGCGGGACUCCGUACGUGAACGAUAUUCCAAGUAAUUCAAAUAGUAAAUCGUGCGCACAAUUUAGCAAUUCGAGGGAACGAAAUAGUAAGUCGUACGCACAAUUUAGCAAUUCGAGGGAACGAAAUAGUAAAUCGUGCGCACAAUUUAGCAAUUCAAGUGAACGAAAUAGUAAAUCGUGCGCACAAUUUAGCAAUUCGAGGGAACGAAAUAGUAAGUCGUACGCACAAUUUAGCAAUUCGAGGGAACGAAAUAGUAAAUAGUGCACACAAUUUAGCAAUUCAAGGGAACGAAAUAGUAAAUUGUGCCCACAAUUUAGCAAUUCGAGGGAACGAAAUAGUAAAUAGUGCGCACAAUUUAGCAAAUCAAGGGAACGAAAUAGUAAAUCGCGCGCACAAUUUACUUUUCUUUCCUGUAUUUCCUGUGCGGGACUCCGUACGUGAACGAUAUUCCAAGUAAUUCAAAUAGUAAAUCGUGCGCACAAUUUAGCAAUUCGAAGGAACGAAAUAGUAAGUCGUACGCACAAUUUAGCAAUUCGAGGGGACGAAAUAGUAAAUCGUGCGCACAAUUUAGCAAUUCAAGUGAACGAAAUAGUAAAUCGUGCGCACAAUUUAGCAAUUCGAGGGAACGAAAUAGUAAGUCGUACGCACAAUUUAGCAAUUCAAGUGAACGAAAUAGUAAAUCGUGCGCACAAUUUAGCAAUUCGAGGGAACGAAAUAGUAAGUCGUACGCACAAUUUAGCAAUUCAAGGGAACGAAAUAGUAAAUUGUGCCCACAAUUUAGCAAUUCGAGGGAACGAAAUAGUAAAUAGUGCGCACAAUUUAGCAAAUCAAGGGAACGAAAUAGUAAAUCGCGCGCACAAUUUACUUUUCUUUCCUGUAUUUCCUGUGCGGGACUCCGUACGUGAACGAUAUUCCAAGUAGGAUUGAUUUUUUUUUUUUUUUUUUUUUUUUUUUUUUUUCCAGUCGGGGAAAUCAACAAACCCAAGGUAGCUAUGUCCGUGGUUCCUACACAGUUUGGAAAAGUGUGGAAUUUGAUUUGAGUCAUUUCCAGGUCUGGAUAAGUAUGGAAAAAUAUUUGUGUUUCCAGACUAUUGACCUUGCUAAGUUUUCUAAAAUAUAAAAUUAAGAAUUUCUAAUCAUACCAGCAGAAUAUUUUCAUGGCAAAAGUUUGGAAAAAUAUGGAAUUUUGAAAUGGAAAUUGUGUAGGAAUCCUGCAAGUCCAUUUAGUGGAUGAAUCAUAUUUGGUCCAGUUCACAAAAUUGGUGGUAAAUCUGAGCGAUUAGGUUCAGUUUCAACAGUUCACUGGAUCACUAUAACUGCACAGAAAAGAACAGCCGGCACAUUCUCCAAAAUAUCUCUUUUUGGUUUGGAACAACCAGUGAUCAUUUCCAUUACUGGCUGAACAGUUUUUACUCACUCACGCCACGUCACUUGUUACAGAUGUCAGCUUUCGCAUCUUAAAUCACCAGCAUUGCGUUUCAGACUCACACAUUUGCAUCCAGGUGUUCCUUUAGUGACAUGCAGGAAUCCCGCUGGCCACACCAGCGACAACUUGACAUAAAAACCGUACCGUUGCACCUCUGGUUCCACACGGCAAGCGCCUCUCAAACGCUCCGCUCCCUUUUACUGUAGCUCAGAGUUUUCUAUGUCAAAUUCAGGGAGCGAGCCGUUGGAGACAAAUCCACGCAGCCGACAUCCCUCUCCAUGAACUUCUGUGCCUCCUCGAUGGAGAGGCAUUCAUUCAAGGAGAUUUUAAUUGACAGCGGCCGUAUUUCCAGCAGCCAGACGCUUGAAAUGUUGUGCCCUUAAAUGACCCAGACUUCGAAACCUGCGGCUUUUCAUUAAUAAGCCUGUGAUUCUUUAAAAGCAGAUGCAGUUUCACAUUAUAAUGCACAAAAUAAUGUCAGUACAUUUACUAAUUAACGUAACCACGACAGCUUUUUAUGUGAUCCAGCUGAGGCCGUGGAUGUACCUGUCUAAAUGUGACGGAUGUGAAUGUUAAUUUGCAUAAUUUCGCUAAAGGUCACCCUUACGCCAUUUUUAAGGGGGUGUCAUGAAAAUACACGGGUCUUUUACUCAUUUAUGCAAAUGUAUUUGGUCACACAGACCUCAAGCUCUUCGCUAGCAAUCGUUGUGCUGUUUAAUUAUACAGCUAUGCUAUUAUACGGACACUGUGAAAAAGACCCAUGAGGGACGGUGGCCCGGCAGCACCAAAAAUCCUGGAGAAUUCUGGGUGGUUUAAGGGCUGAAGAGCUAUUUCACCUGUAUGGCUGCUGAUUGUGAGGACGGUAGUGGAAAGCUUUAUUGUGUUUUAUUUGGUGCCUAUGUUUGACUAUAUUUAGUUUUUUUUUUAUUCCACUUAGAAUGAUGCACUGCAUGGAACUUAUUUCUAAUGUUUGCAUCACUUGCUUUUUUAAAAAACAUAUUAAAAGAAUUACAAAAAAAAAAAAAAAAAAAAAUCAAUAACGAGUUUUGAAAAGGUCAAAAAGUCAUGAGAAAAAAUACCUCCUCCUCCUCCGAAGACCAAUGUGUUUAUACCUCACUGUAUAUAUUUGAUUUGUUUACUCCAAGUUUGCAGUUUUGUUUCUUUUGAAAUGCUAAAUGCCAUUUUAUGUCGCUGGUACUUGUCAAUGGCAUUGUGUUAUUGUAUUAUUGUCCAGACAGUAUAUUCCUUCUUUAAACCAUUAUUUGGUUUUGUUAUUUUCUCUCUCUUUUUUUGUUCUGUAUGAAUUACAAGUGCUUUACUGAUGUCAUACUGUCCUUUAAUGCCUCCUCAGCUGUAUAGAAAUGCCUUGUACUGUUUCUUUUCCAAAAAAAAAAAAAAAAAAAGAAAGAAGAAAAAAACAAAAAGAAAUGAGAAGUGUGUGGGGUGUCAUCGAUGCCCUGCUCCAUUUCUAAAGCAUUAUGUAUUGACUUUUUCUAGCGUGUACAGACGUACAGAUGAACUGCAUAGGAUCAUAGCAGAGUGAAGAUCAUGUUGCUUUCUAACAUAGUGGAUAGAGAUGGGUGUGAAUAAAACAAGAUGUUGAAACUCUUA